AUGGGUGAACCCCCGACCUUCUGCCUUCUCAGCGGCGAGAGCGUGAGCAUCGACCCACGCUUGCUGGACGGCCGCGUGGCCUCCGCUCGGAGUCAGCUGGCUGCUGCAUUGCAGUUGCCUUUGAACCGCUUAGACCUGGUAGUUGAUGAACAGGUGGUGCUGAAGGAUGAUGAUCCCAUCCCAGAUACCUUGGGUGGGAAGGUCAUCCAGGUGUGCAUCCAGCCAGAUCCCUUGCAGGGAACAUUGCCAGAUUUGCUGGGCUGCGCGUGGUCGGAGCUUGAAAUCCUCAAAGAAGUGGAUUUGCAGGAGACUGGCCUGGAGGUUUUGCCUGACGUUUUCGGUGAAAAGCUACCCAGGCUGCGGACCCUGCGGCUCUCACAGAACCGCCUACAGCUGCUGCCACGCAGCUUUGGAGAGUUGAGGAAGUUGCAAGCUUUGCAAGCUGAGGGCAACCUCCUUUCGCAGCUUCCGGACUUUUCAAGAAUGAGUAGCCUCAUGGACUUGCAGCUCGAAGAGAACCAGUUAGAGGCAUUGCCAGAAAGCAUUGGCUCGCUCUCAGCACUGCAACGCUUGUCUUUGGACUUCAACCGCUUGCGAAAGCUGCCUGAAGCCUUUGGGCAGCUGCGGUCGCUCCAAAAGCUCCGGCUGGUGCACAAUGAGUUGGAGCGCCUUCCGCAAAGCUUCGGAGGGCUCAUCGCUUUAAAGGACUUGUGGCUGACGGGCAAUCAAUUGCAGACUCUGCCGGACACUUUUGGAGGCCUGACGAAGCUGCAACAGUUGCGACUUGGGAGGAACCGUUUGAGAGAGCUACCAGAAAGCUUUGGGCAGCUGUGUUCCCUGAAGCUCCUGGCUUUGGAGGAGAACCAUUUGGAGACCUUGCCCUCCUCUGUCCAGCAGCUCACCUCUCUCCAGGUGCUGAAUCUUGAUGGCAACCACUUCGAAGAAUUCCCUGAUUGCUUAGGUAUCAAGAGCUUGCAGAAGCUUUGGAUUGGGCAGAAUGCUCUUUGGAAGCUUCCGGAGCAUUGCCUUUAUCGCAUGCAUGCGCUGAAGGAGCUGAGCUUGAAGAGUAACAAACUCCGAGAACUGCCACAGAGUUUGGGUUUGCUUUGCUCCCUGGAAGUUCUUUACCUUCAGGACAAUGAGCUUGAAGGGCUUCCAGCAAGCCUCGAGGAACUCAAGCAGCUUCGCAUGCUGUGGCUGGAGGACAAUCGGCUGUCCAGCUUGCCUUGGACUUGUACUCAGCCCACUUCCUUGCCGGCCUUGCAAUUGGUGAAGCUCCAGAAAGCUGUGCCCUAUGACGCGGCGCCACGCUUGCUGGAAACCUUGGAGCAGCCACUUCUCCGGCGCGCCUUGCAGAUGGAGAUUGAUCAGGUGCCGGUACUCCGCUUGGGGGGAGCUUCUCCCAGUCGAAGAGGAACAGGUGGUGGACUCUGUGGAUGUUUGAGGGCCAGGAUCUCGGGCCUAAGGGGGGAAGUGAUGUACGGUGCAACGGAUGUACACGGUACCUUCUGCACAUUUCUGUUCUUUGCCUCGCAAUAG